AUGCAGGAGGACCAGCAGGUGCACAUGCAGGAAGUGCCCCUGGCCCUGGCCAAUCAGAUCCCUGGGCUGAGGAUGGUGGACGAGGUGUACCCUGACCCAGUGAGGGUGGUGUCGGUGGCGGUGCCGGUGUCAGACCUGUUGAAUGGAAGCUCAGAGAGGCCCACAUCUGCAGAGCUCUGCUGUGGAACGCAUCUGCUACGGACGGGCGCCAUCCGGGACCUUGUCAUCACAUCGGAACGGCAACUGGUGAAGGGCAUCAGCCGCAUUGUGGCGGUUACCGGGGACGACGCCAGGGAGGCUCGAGAAAUGGGUAAGGUUCUGGAACAGGAAGUAGAGGCACUGUCUGCGCGUGUUGCUACGGCAACCUCCCCCUCCCUCCAUGAUGCGCACAGGCUGGCCAAAGACGUGGGUCAGCUGAUAGACGCAGUGGAAGGGACACCUAUACCUCAGUGGCAGAGGAGGGUCCUUCAGAAAAGCCUGAAGGCCCUGCAGAGGAGCACCAACACCAGCACGAGGAAGCUGGAGAUAAAAGAGGCUGGGGUGAAGGCACAGAAGCUUCUGGAAAAGCACGGGAGGCAGGAGCUAGUGGUGGACACGGUGGAUACAGACUCCUUAUCCGUGGUGGUAAAGACAGUGAACCGCUACAGUGAGCUGUCUCCUGGCUGCAUGGUCCUGCUCCUGGCCCCGCAGGCCUCCUCUGGGAAGGUGCUGUGUGCCUGCCAGGUGCCCAAGGCCAGUGGCACCCCUGCGAGUGCCUGGGCUCUGGCCGUCUGUGGGCACCUGGGGGGCAACGCGGGCGGCUCUGCCGUCGUGGCCAAGGGAGUGGGCACUGCCAGCGCUGAGGACAUCAGCCGGGCACUGAGAUGGGCACAGGAGUACGCAGAGGGGAAGAAGGAUUCCUAAACACACACACACACACACACACACACACAC